AAAGGGCAAACCGGAAGAUGUUCGUCGCCUUCCUCCCGCUAGCUUGUGUGUGCCGGGCGCAGCAGAGUGAAGGCGGCAAGCAAGCAGGCAGGCUGAGCAGCUAGCAGUCUCCGCGGGGAUGGAGGACACAGGCGGACCCCAGCCGUGAACAGACAGGCGUUUCCGGGAGAGUGUUCCAAGCCCAACCGGAGUUAAGGAGCGGAAUGGUGUCCACCGGCGGCGUCAUCAUGACAACCAUCCCGCACUGAGUGGAAGCAUCCCCAGUACGGGGGCGGCCGGUCGGAGGAGGCAAGAGAGUCGCAGCUGCCUCUUUGACAGGUGCACGAGGAACGACGCAAGCUCCGCUCAUGUCUACGCCUCUCCUCGGCGGGUUGGCAUGGCCCAGUGAUGAACGGAGCGGGUGUGCCCGGUAGCCCGGAGCUCUCCUCCUCAUGCCCACUGCCUGACUGGCGGGAAUUCUGCCAACUUCACGCUCGAGCGUCGGCCGUCGACUUUGCCGACAAGUUCCAGCGCUUCCUGUCGGAGAAUCCUUGCUACGACUCACCCGGCGCUGACACCAGCUUCUCGCAACACUUUGCCAAACAUUUCCUGGAGUGCUUCUCAGCGGCUCUGACCCAAGCCCGGGAGAACCAGACGUCCUCGCCGGGGGAAAACGGAUUGAACGUAGCGCCCAAGUACAGUAUUGUUCCUUUUCUAGGGAUACAAGGCUGCCCCUUGUCUUACAGUCACGACUUGUACCAGAAACGCAAGGACGCUGGGGCUUCCAGCGAAUCCCUGGACAGCAUGGACAGUGGCGGGGGCCGGAUGGAAGGUGGAGGCAGCGCCCCGCCCUGCAGCCGGGGUCCUCAACACACCCACAAGGUGUCUGCUUUGGGUCAAUCCAGAAGUUCUGAAGAUGUGUCUGUGAGCCACCCCAAAGCUCGCUUCAAGAAGGGCUUCUCCUUGAGGAACAUGAGCCUUUGUGUGGUUGACGGGGUGAAGGAGAUGUGGCAUCGUCGUGCUUCCCCAGAACCGGACGGUCCAUCUGCAGCUAGAAAGCCUAACGGGAGUGGCGGCGGCGGAGCGGGAGGUGAGGCAGCAGGAGGAGACAGGUGGUCCCAAAAGCUGCGACUACCCAGAGGCCCCCAGGGCCACAAGACGGAGAUGCUGGAGAUACAGAGGGAAGGAGCGCUGAGGUACAUGGUGGCCGAUGACACCAACUGCAUGGGCGCCGCACAGUGGCAGAAGUGCCGCCUGCUGCUGAGGAAGACCAAGAAAGACGAAGGAGCUGAGAGAUUCCUGCUGGAGUUCUACGUACCACCAAAGUCGUCCAAACCGAAGGUGAGCAUUCCCUUGACGGCCAUUGUGGAGGUGAGGACCACCAUGCCCCUUGAAAUGCCUGACAAAGACAACACUUUUGUUCUCAAGGUGGAAAACGGGGGCGAAUACAUUCUGGAAACCAUCGACUCGCUGCAGAAAAACUCCUGGGUUGCUGACAUCCAGGACUGCAUAGACCCCGGCGACAGCGGCGACGACAUCGAGCUGGCGUCGUGUCCUCACGGUCAGGCGUCCUCCAAAGACUGCUCCAUGGUGGCCUCCUGCAGCUGUGAGCUGCUCUCCGAGGGUGUGUAUCGAGCGCCGGAGAGGUUGUGUCCUGCCGUGGCGGAACACUACAGUUUCCCCGCCGUGCGCUGCAGAGAACCAGCCUUCACCCAGCAUCCAUCCCACAUGCCUUUGGAGCGCUUCCUCCAGUCCCCAGAGGUCCUGGCCUCCAACUCUGCAGCAGGUGGCAGCGACGGAGCCAAGGACUCUGAGGGCGAGGCCAGCCUGGCAGGAUACCCAUGGUUCCACGGAACUCUGUCUCGUGUGCGAGCGGCUCAGCUGGUGUUGGCGGGCGGGGCGAGGAGCCACGGGCUUUUUGUCAUCCGGCAAAGUGAGACGCGGCCCGGCGAGUACGUGCUCACCUUCAACUUCCAAGGCAAAGCCAAGCAUCUGCGUUUGUCCGUCAACGACAACGGCCAGUGCCACGUCCACCAUUUGUGGUUCCACACCGUGUCGGACAUGCUGAGACACUUCCACGCUCACCCCAUCCCGCUGGAGUCUGGGGGGUCGGCUGACAUCACCUUGCGCUCCUACGUCCAAGUGCAGAGAAGCGCCCCGGCAGAUGUGACCGUGCCUCCGGUCCUGACCCCGCCCAGAGACGCAGGUUGCCGCCCGGACUCGGCCCAGCCGGCUCUGCACCCUCUCGGAGUCCCUUCCUCGACGGGGCCCCCGCCCGACGCCCCCCUCUCCUCGAGUACCUCAUCGUCGCCCACCGCCCUCCCCUCCCUCUCCCGCAGCGACCCAGGCAUAGGGGGAGGCUUACAGAGCCGCAGCAACAGUUCGGAGCGCCUACUGGAGGCCUCCGGCGGCGCGUCUGAGGACUACCACGAUGCCGACGGGACUCGAAGGGCCCGCGCUGUAGAGAACCAGUACUCUUUCUACUGAAGGUGAAAGCGGCCCCAAUUUACAGCAUCAGACGGGGUGUUUGUUUUUGUUCCAAUUUCCUGUUUUCUAAUUGAAGAGGCUGAGCGGGAUGAAUCCAUCAGGCCGCACAGCUGGGCUUCACACUGUCAAAGCGUGACGUGGAGGCUUACAAGUGGGGGAGAGUCACAGUGGGGCUGGGUGGAGCGGCAAGGAUGUGUGUGGGCAGAAAGAGCAACAGGAAGUCAUCCCGUACACUCAUAUGGCUUUCAUUCACUUCAUCUCACCGCUUCCCCUUGACACAGGAAAAUCCAAAAUGACCCUGUCCGUGUUUUUAAAGCUGCUUCCAGUUCCAUCUCGGGGGUUCUUCGUCCUCUUCCUCUUCCUCGUCCUAGCAUCAGCACACAAGGGAUGGCUGUGUUAGCAUUAGCUCGGCGCUCAUGGAGGUCUUAUGCUGCGUUGGAGAAAACUGGAACAACAGAAGCAGUUUUGGCGGCAAAACAAAUACUAUUUGGUUCACAUUUUACAGACUAACUUCUUUUUGAAUCAGCUUGUUUUUAAUCGCUGACUCUAUCUAAAUACGCAAAAAAGCCUAUUGCAAUGCGCUAUCUCACUUACAAUUUUUUAAUAUGCAUAUAUAUAUAUAUGUAUGUAUAUAAAAUUAUACAUACACGUUAGGUCAGGAAAAAACACAGAGGCUAUUUCAUGGGGAUUUUAUCAAAUCCCUGAAGAGAAACCUGCGAAACAGGCUUGUGGGGAUGACAUAGCCUCUGUUUUUACCUGACAUAACAUAUAUUCUGCUCUACCCCGGUAUUGAGCACGGUAUAACGGAUAAACCAUAGAAAC